CCCAUCUUUAGCAAAAUAAGAGUCUCCACAGCUGCUGGUUUCACGUCGCGACCAAGAGUGAUGGAGGAUGACGUGCAGGAACAGACCCUGGAGCAGUUUAAAGAUAAGCGUCUGGGCGGAUGGGGAAUCCUGCAGCUCACAGCCGGGACGGGAUUGGCCGUCUACGCCAUGUGGGCCGGAGUUCUGAUGCCAGGCUUUCGCAGAGUGCCUCUUAAACUGCAGGUGCCUUAUAUGCCAGCUAGUAAGAAACAAGUGGGGAAUGUUAUGUCUCUGCUGAAGGGUCGCUCUGGAGGUUUUGCUGAUUUGGGAUCAGGUGAUGGCAGGAUUGUAUUAGAGGCGAGUCGGCAGGGCUUCUCUCCUGCUGUAGGCUAUGAGUUGAACCCUUGGCUUCUCAGACUUUCGCGCUUUUAUGCUUGGAAAGCCGGACUCUACGGAAGAGUCUCUUACCGGAGGGAGGACCUGUGGAAGGUUGAUCUUUCUGGAUAUAGGAAUAUCUCAAUAUUCUUGGCACCAAGUGUGCUCACACUGUUACAGGAGAAACUGCUGGUCGAGCUCCCUGAAGAUGCUCUGAUCAUCGCUGGACGCUUCCCCUUCCCUGAUUGGACGCCGUGCAGGAUAGAGGGUCAGGGCGUGGACAGAGCCUGGGCAUAUUCUAUAGAAGCAAUCAGAAAACAGAACCAAUCAAAGGACAUCCAAUCAUCCGAAAAGAGCAGCUGAGACUGGAGAAACAGAUUUUAAUGGAAAGGACGGGGUUUUACACAUUUUAUCAUUUUAUCACAUGGGUAUUUAUUGCUUUAAUGAUUGUUUUAUGCGUCAUACUGAUAUGAAACACCAUAUUUGCUUUUGCUUUCAUUUUGAACACCAGCCACAGACAUCAUAAACACUUUCUGAUUUGAGAAUCAAAAGUUUUAGUGGAACUGUUCACACAGAAUCACAAUCAAAUGCCAUUUAUAAAAGUAUUUAUAAAAUAUAGUGAAUGUACAUCUCUAGUUGAGUUCAUUGUAGACCAUUUUCUUUCUCUUCUUGACAAGUUAUGGGUGCUAGAAGCUAUUUUAUUUAUUGCUAUUUUAUUAGCUAUAUUAAAUUAUAGUACUGUAUACUAAAACUAUACAUUUCUAUUUAUGUUAGGUUUAAUCACUAAUAUUUAACAACUGUACUCCUUAACCAUUAUGGCUAAUCUGCCAUUUUGGAAUUCAUAAUAAAAGCCCCUGGGCAGAUGUAUACUAAAACCAGUGACUGUAUAGACUAAAAUGAUAAAUAACAUCCAUUUUAAAAUUAUAUUUAAACUAUUUUAUUUCAUUUGGACUUUACUAAGUAAACAUUUGAUCAAAAUAUGGUCAAAUAUCUAAAUUCUGUUCAUAUUUGAAUCUCAUUUUAAGGAUUUUAAGCAGAGUUUGAAUGUUUUAUUAUUAUGACAGAGCAACAUAUUUCAGCUAUUAAUGUAAAAAUUUAAUUAUUGUGACAGGCCUAGGUACAGGAGUAUUUAAUGUACACAGAUUUCAUAUGAUAUUUUGUGAUUAAUAUCAUGUUUUUACGCUAUAUCAGUUUGCUCAAAAACAGUAUUAUGCUCAAUAGUGAUAGAAAAAAAAUAUGGGAAAAAUAUGGGUAUUUCUCUAUUCCAUUUAUUUGAUAAUUUGAUAAUGGUUUAUUUUUAAUUCUUUAAUGCCUGAAUCUUGUGAAUACAAGUGCUAUGUUGUACUAACUAACAAAUAUAAAUAACGAGAUCACAAGAGAAAAUGUACAAUUUAUAAAUGAUCAUAACAAUGCUUCCUUUGUGUUUCACUCAGACUAGCUGAUACGGUUCUUCUUGUAUCAGACGCAUAAUGCGUAGAUCACAGGAUAACACACUUGAAGAGUUCUCUCAGCAAUUGUGGGUUCUUUUUGAAGUUUUGGAGCAUUCUGGUCACUUCCUGCUCCUGUAUGUGACCUAGUUACCCUAGCACACAUGCUCAAUCUUCUCAUUCAGUGACAUGUAUCUGAAAAAGAAUGGCAAAAAUAAACUAAUUUGUUUGUGA